AGCGGCGAGCUGGGUAGGACGGGCCGCCAGGGUAGUCCGCGUCGCCGGGCUGCGCCCGGAAGGCGGCGGAGUCACGGCGACGGCGGCCGGAGCAGCCCAAGCUUCGACACCGGGAGAUUUAUCGAGGAGAUCGGGAGGCGGCCCGCGAUAUACGAUCUCCGCUCCGAGGAGUACAGCGACAGGGCGGCCAAGACCAGCGCCUGGGAGCAGGUGUGCGAGCUCAUGGUUGCCAAAUGGCGCUCCAUGUCCGACGAGGAGAAGAACGCCGAAGAGAAGAGUUUGAGGAGCAAGUGGCGGAACAUCAGAGACUACUUCAUGAAGGAACUCAAGCUGCAGAGGAUGAGGAAGGGGAGCGCAGCCGGAAGGAAGCGAAAAAAGUACAUGUACUUUGAUCAGUUGCUCUUUCUCGUGCCCAAUGUGGAAAGUAAACAAAGGAAUUAUCGCGCGAAUUACACAACAAAGUGUAAAAAUGUUAAAUCCGAGGUUGAGAUGGAUACUUAUCAUAUAAUGCAGGAGUAUGAGAUGCCACUGACUCACGAAGACGUUUCCGAGGAUUAUACUAACAAUUCCUAUGAUGAGGAUCAAUGCAAAUACAUGUCUGUAUCGCAAUUUCCGAAAUCGAUGUGUGAGACGUCGAUGGCCAUCGGCGCCGAUGAUUUUCCGGACGUGAUAUCGUCAAACAGCAGCAGUCAGAAAUUUAAAUUCGAGGACGAUGAUUACGACAGGAUGUUUUUGUUAUCGUUACUCCCAAUAAUGCGAAGGAUACCUGAAGAUAAAAAAGUCGAUGUUAGAAUACAAAUGCAACAAGCUCUUGCAUUAGCUAUACAUUCUAUGCCAUCUAAUACAUAGCUCUAUUGGAUAAAUUAUUUUACUAUGAACUAUUACGUUUAGAAAUGACACUGUACAAGCCCAAUGAGAAAAAAAAACCAAUUAUACAGAAAAAUAGAUAUAUAAAUAGAAACAUAGAAUCCUAUAAAAGAUGAAAUGGGAGUCUAAUAAAACAGUCACAUACAAAUAGACUUGUAGAGAUAUCGAUAUAUGUGGGAAUAUAUGUAUAUGUUUUUGUUCCUCUAAUAGAUCUAAGAGAAAUAUAACAGUUAUUUUUCUUUAUAUACUGCUGUCAUUGCUUAUAAUUGAUGUAAUAUCAAUUUAAUUUACAAAACAAGUUUUUAUAUAAUGUUCAUUUUAUGCCGGCUACCAUAUCGCUAAUUGUUUGUACAAGUACUACUCGAUUAAGUUGAUAACAAUGUAAAUAGAUAAUCAAUUUUAUGUUUAUGAAAAUAAUGAUAAAAUGCAUUUAAUGAAG